GCUUUGCAUGCAGUUUGUGUAGCAAUGAAGACUGUCCUGUUUGCGUUGUUUAUUAUAGCAGUGGAGUGCCAUGCUGGGCCGGAUGAUAAGAUCAUUGGGGGUUACGAGUGCCCUCCGCACUCCCAGCCAUGGCAGGUCUACCUCACCUACGACGACGGGGAGCGCUGGUGCGGGGCGUCUAUGAUCAAUGAGCUUUGGGCUGUCUCUGCUGCACACUGCUACAUCCCCCCCCCUCGCCUGGCCCUGCACCUGGGAGAGCAUCACCUGUUCAAGGAGGAGGGCACGGAGCAGCGCAUCUGGGCCGAGAAGGUCAUUCCCCACCCCGACUACAAUGACGCCACCUUUGACAACGACUUCAUGCUGAUCAAGCUGGGCGAGCCGGCCGUUUUCGACCAGUAUGUUCAGCCCAUCCCCCUGGCCAGCAGCUGCCCCUCGGCUGGCAGCCAGUGCCUCGUGUCUGGGUGGGGCAACCAGAUCAACACGGGAGUGAACUACGCAUCGCUGUUGCAAUGUCUGAACCUGCCGGUGUUGUCCAAGUCCCAGUGUGUGGGGGCCUACGGGAGCAUGAUCACUGACAACAUGUUCUGUGCUGGCUACCUGGAGGGAGGCAAGGACUCCUGUCAGGGUGACUCUGGUGGCCCUCUGGUCUGCAACGGAGAGCUGCAUGGGGUGGUGUCCUGGGGCUAUGGCUGUGCCGAAGCUGGCCAUCCUGGGGUGUAUGCUUCAGUUUGCCGCUAUUCUGACUGGGUCAAGGAAACCAUUGCCCGCAACUAAGGAUCUUCCCAUUUGUUCAAGGGGGGUUGGGCUGAUCAUGUUCCAGCUGCAUUAAAUGUGCCA